GAGCAAGUUGAAGGCUUUAAAGAACAGAACCUCUCUCCUUGAAGCAUUUUUCUUUUUCCUUCAACUUUCUUUUAUUCUCCAGUGCCACUUUGAAAUUAACUAUCAAUUUUCUGUCUAACUCCUCAAGAUUAUGGGAAAUUGCAUUUGGGCUCAAAGGAAGAUUGAAGAGGAAGACAUGGAGCAAGAGAGAGAACUGGAGGGUGAUUUUGAAGAGAAGGAUAGUGUUAAGGUUAAGAUAGUGCUUACAAAGGAGGAGUUGGAGUGGUUAAUGCUUCAGCUAAAGGUUAAUGAAGGGAAGAAUCUAGAAGAUGUUCUGCUAGAGAUUCAAAGAGAAAGAGAGAAAAUUAAAGCUUGGAAACCUUGUUUGGAGAGCAUUUUGGAGAUUCCUGAAGCCCUUUAGACGCAAAGAUUAUAAGUCUCUCUCUUCUUUCUGCCUUAUAAAUUUUUUGGUCCUCUUCUACGGAGGUUUUUUCUCAUUUGGGCUAUGCCUCAUCACCCAAAAUUAUAUAAAUAUGUGUUUUUUCUUUUUGGCUUGGAUAAUAACACAAAUUUAGAUUGAGGUUUUCUAAA